AUAUCCUUGGCCUCAUUAGAAGACUACUGGUUCAACCACUGGCAAGGUCCUUACAUCACGGCAGACUCCAACCAAAACACUGUCAACUUCAGAAGAUCAAGGCGGAGCUUGAGGAAGUCAAAGAGGAAGUUCCGUUGCUCUGUCUGUAACAAGAAGAUUGUGGGACCAGUGGGUCACCGUGACGAACUGCAGGAGGUGCCUUGUUUUGAUGGCGAAAAUGUACUCGCCCAUGUACCAUCUGUUAAGCUUGAGUCAAGAAGCCCUAAGACAGAGGAGGUAGCAGCGGUUAGCUCAGAUGAUGAGUGUAUAAAGCCAGCUACCAGUGAGGAAGCUCUCUCCAGGUACAGUGCUAGUGAUGAACAGUUGGCCCGAGCUUAUCGUGUACUGGACAACGAAUUACGGACUAGUUUCACAUUAUUUGCUGAAGAAGCUGUUACUCAAGAUGUUGUUGAUGGUGUAAGCAUGAAUGUUAAUGACAGCACCAGUUCCCAUGAUGCUAGUAUGCGAUUAGCUCCACCACUUCUUAGCCCAAGACAGUCUAGAUCAUGUCCAUGUAGCCCAAAAUUGUCAGGAAGAAACCACAGCCCAAAGUCCAAUACUGGGAGCCCAAAGCCUCAGUCUCGUUCAGUUAGCUCCAAAUUUUCACUCAGCAGCUCCCUAAUGGCUAUACACAGACAAGCUUCCAAUUCUCUCAGACCAGAUUUUCUCCGCUUUGACUUAGGCAAGGGAGAUUUUGGUGGCAGUAAUUCUAAGAAUGGUUCUCAACAAAACAGUCUUAGAAAUGAGUCAAGACAUUCACGCCCCACUGUAGAGGCACAUAAUAGUAGCUUUGGGGAUUCCCACUUAGACUCGAGUAACAGCGGAUCCCUAAGAGGAGAGUCUAGCAAACAGGAAUCCUCACGGAUUGCUUUACACGAAAGUCAUUCGCUUCCAACACUAAAACUCUCUAAAAUGUCUUUGACUUAUAAAGGAGGUAUUAUCAUCAACCAUGAUAAGGAUGUUGCACAGAUGCAUUACUCUGAUGCAUCAAAGCUUCUUGUAGAGGGGGCUUGUGCUCUACCUUCCACACCGGAAGAUGAUACAUUUUCAGGAGAGUUGAUAGGCCCUCCAAUGCUGCUUCCUGAUGUUGUACCCAGGUAUGAAGUUGGAGGGCCAUCAAUGACUCAGAUGUGUGAAUAUAAACCUUCAACAUCCUCUGCUCCUUUAACUCCAAAAGAACUUUGUGUAAAUUACCAUUAUGAUGCUAAGGAUGGAGUAGUUAAUCUCGGUUUUGAUGGACACGAAGAAAGUUCAGAUUUCACCAACUUAAAUGAAGUGAUGAGUACCAAAGCAUCUGAUAUGGAAAUUAAUUCUCCUGCUCAUGUAAGUAGAAGAGGAUCAGCUGGUAGUGAUAUUGACAUUGGGAAGUACAAUAUCCAAAUGAACAUUGCAAGUAUUCAUGCUAUCUCCAUAGGUCAUGUACCCCAAGGUCAAGAUGUAGCACUGUCACUCGAAGUUCCUCAAGCAAAAACUCAAGAACUCUCACAGGGAGGUGCUGAAGCCUACAUAUCUGAUGCGAGUGACACUCCAUCAUCCAGCUGCCCCGCCACACCAUCUACAGCCAGCCCUUCACUCUCCCCUUAUGUUCCCUCCACUGAUACUACCUCGGCUAGCUUGCAGCGCCCACCAGUUGAUGACAUAGAUGAAGACUACCCUCCAUAUGACCACAUGCAAGAGGCUCGACAACUAGUAUUUUGGUGGCAGAAGUCGAACCCCAAUGAAGAUACCGAAUUCUGUCAGAACAAUGCAGAAUGCAAAGUGAAACAAAAGCCACUCCUGCUAUUUCUUCAUGGCAUGGGCGGCAGUAGUGACCACUGGCGGCAGCAACUCUGGUAUUUUGUUAGCUGUGGUUAUGAGGUUGUAGCCCCAGACCUGAUGGGUCAUGGGCUUAGUUCGGCCCCAAAGGAUCCUUCCCAAUACACCUUCUCACAAAUGCUUGACCACAUAACAUUAGUGUUUGAUUUAUUUGUGCCACAAGGGCGCAAGUGUGUUAUUGUUGGCCAUGGUUAUGGGUGUUCCCUGGCUGCAGCAUUGGCACGAGGACGAGCAAUGUCGGUACGUCUGGUUAUCCUGGCCAGCUGUGGCGGGCCCAACCCACUCAUCCCUAACCCUCCAAGCAAAUCAUUUUUGCACUCACGCUUUGCCACGUUCCUGGGCCCAUUUUUAUCCUGUGGCUGCUGUAGUCGUGAGAUUCUAUAUGCUCCAAGAGGAAAACAUUUUGCUGCUGGAACCCUUGCUGGAUUAGCCAUCACGCCAACUCCACGUUAUGUUCUAGAGUACAUGGCAAAGGGCCAAAACUGGCCUGAGGGCGAUGUGGCCUUUCACCGCCGUAUCACCGUUCCCACACUCUUACUGCAUGGCAUGAAGGAUGACCGUGUAUCACUGGUGGAGAUGUGUGAAAUGGAGAGG